AUGGCUAAUUUAAAACUUGCAGGGCUGAGUAGGAGUGACGACAAGUUAUAUAAAAGGGGGGCAUGCCUAGUGUCUCACUCAUGCAAGCCAGUACAAUCAAGGACGAAUCUUUCUGCUCCCGAAACCAGAGGGUUGGUGCCAAGGCUAACGUUUACUACCCCUGUUUGCUGCUACGUUUUCACUCUCUGUUUGCUGCUACGUUUUCACUCUCUUGGAGACGAUGAAUCGAGUCUUGUUUGGAGCUCUCCUAAUUUGGAUAGCCUGUGGCUUGUCCUGCGGCACACCUUCUUUUUGCUACGACAAAUCUAUACUGAUUAACAAAUUCCGCGUCUGCAUCGAAGACGCCGGGAUGUUGCAGUAUUAUGACUUCAGCAGUGGACAACCAAUGGUAAAAGAUAAUGAUUACCGCCAGUUUUGCAACAAUACAGAAGGCUUCGUCACUGCGACAGACUGCAGCCUUCAAAUUAUGAAACAGUGCCUCCCACCGACUGCAACAAACCUGUUGCCGGGUAAAGCCUUCCAAACGAGGAUGAUCUCUAGCAUAUGUAAUGACUCCACCUUGAAGCAGGACUGCUUUGCAGUAGCUCAAACUAAACAGACUGACAUAACUUAUUGUGUCAAAAGAGCUAUGAAUCCAAACUCAGAUGACCUGGCUUGUGACGCAAUGAAAGCAAGCCAAACAUGCACUUUCCAAGAGAUGAGGCCUUGUGACGAACACACUGCACAGUUCUAUUCAUCGAUGCUCCAGCCAGAGGUUGACCGAGUCUGUAAUGGUGCAGCACGCAUUCUCACCGACACAGGUUUACUUCCUUUUCUUCUCUCUAUCCUCGCUGUUUGGCUCAAAUCUGGUGUAAAUUAGGAAAAACCAUGACUUGUCCAGAUCGAUUUGUCAAAAGUUUUUUAAGUGGUGGACCGUGUGGAUUUUAAUAUCAGUUGAGGAAAAUCACUAGGCAAACUUUAAUUUUUUUAGAGUGAAACUAUGAACUCAUAUUUCGAUUUGCUGCAAUUUCUGACAAGUGUAUUGACCUUGGUCAAAGCAAACUUUAAUGUUCCUUUCUAAUCGGUUCUACUAAAUCGUGACAUCUUCCUUUUAAUAUUAACCCCCCCCCCCCCCAAAUAUUUAUUGAAAUUGCUUGUGAUCUGCAAAGAAAUAAACAAAAUUACGUUUGACGAAACUGAA